AUGGGUAAAGUUCACGGAUCCCUCGCCCGUGCCGGCAAAGUCAAGUCUCAGACCCCUAAGGUUGAGAAACAAGAGAAGAAGAAGACGCCCAAGGGCCGCGCGAAGAAGAGACUUCAAUACACCAGACGUUUCGUCAACGUGACGAUGACCGGUGGCAAGAGAAAGAUGAACCCCAACCCGACAUCAUAA